UACGGACCCAUUCAUCCGAUUAUUCCGUUUUUGCUCCUCGGAAUUGGAGUUGACGACAUGUUCGUCAUCAUCCAGGCGCUAGAUAAUUUAUCGGUGGAAGAGAAGCAAUUGCCGAUUCCGGAACGGAUGGCUCGAGCCAUGAAACACGCCGGAGUGUCAAUCACGGUCACGUCCGUCACUGACAUCGCCGCAUUCGCCAUUGGAGCUACGACCAGCAUGCCGGCCCUGCGAUCCUUUUGCAUCAACGCCAUGUCGGGCAUUUUGAUGCUCUUCGUCCUGGAAGUGACUUUCUUCGUCGCGCUGACUGUGCUGGACGAGCGCCGCAAAGAGCGCUACCGGAUCGGCUGCUGCUUCCAGCCCAAAACGGAAAACUGGCAGCCGGCCCCGUGCUCCCAGCGCGAUUUGCUCAAACUCUUUUUCGAGCGCUUCUACGGUCCGUUUCUGCUGCGGACGCCCGUCAAGGUCUUCGUGAUGAUCAUGACAGCGGUCCUGGUCUCCGUCAACAUUUGGGGCAUCUUCCAGCUGGAGCAAAACUUUGACCCCAAUUGGUACCUGAACGAACACUCUUACCCGUCGGAAUACUUCAAUGCCAUGAGGCUCUACUUUCCCGAAAGCGGUGAACGGGCCUCCGUCUACACCGAUUAA